AGCAAAACGUCCGAUGGGCCCGACUCUGCUCCUGAUUUGCCGUCUGAGUGGAAGCUGCCCGGUGACGCCAUUUGUGGACACUUAGUCUGACUUAUUUUUCUUGUAGGAGGGGGGGACAUAAGUAUGGUCAGGCCGUUUAUUCCGCUCGGAGACCUGUGAGCGUGUCAUCCCUCCGCACCUCCGGCUCUUCUUGGCAAAAUGGGAAGGACUAAUGGCAUGAAUAUGAUUUUCAUGACAAUACUGCUUGGUCUGGCGGGCGCCUCGGCCAAGGAGGAGCAGUGCCCGUCGGGGCAGUACACCACCGACGGAAACUGCUGCAAACAGUGUCAACCCGGCGAGGGCGUCGUCAAGCCGUGCGGAGCCACGCAGACUGUGUGCGCGCCCUGCCUGGACAGCGAAACCUUCUCGGAAAACUUCAGCCACACGGAGCGAUGCCAGCCCUGCACCAAAUGCACGGGGCUCUUUCGCAUGGAGACGCCAUGCACGGACGCCACCGACGCCACCUGUGUGUGCAACUACGGCUUCUACCUUAAUAGCCUGUCGCAGCUGUGCGAGCCGUGCACAAAGUGCCCCGUGGGCCAGGGCAUGCUGCUCAGCUGCGAGUCCGACCACGACACCGUGUGCGAGGAGUGCGGCGGGGACACGUACUCGGACCAGGAGAGCUCGCGGGAGCCCUGCAUCCCCUGCACCACCUGCGACGAGGGCGAGGAGCUGCAGCUGCAGGCCUGCACCUCUGUCACCGACACCGUUUGUCAAGUGCAAUACCCCUCCGUGUCGCCCACGCCCUUCACCGCCUUCUCCAUGCCCACCUACGACGACUUUCCCAUCGACGGCCCCCCGUCCGACGGCCCGACCGACAGCAGCGCCGCCACCACCGUUGAAGGCGACUCCCACGAGCGAAUCUACCAGAGCCUGAACGACAAACUCAUACCCAUCUCCUGCUCCAUUCUGGCGGCCGCCAUGGUCGGACUCGUGGCCUUCGUCAUCUUCAAAAAGUGGAACAGCUGCAAGAAGAACAAGCAGCAGGCCAACAACGGCACGUCCAACCAGAACCAGACGCCGUCGCCCGAGGGCGAGAAGCUGCACAGCGACAGCGGCAUCUCGGUGGACAGCCAGAGUCUGCAGGAGCAGCUGGGCCAGAACCAAACACAUACAGCGGUCACGAUGGAUGAGGACCCCUGCCUGCUGCUGCCCCUGCACACCCGAGACAAGGUCGAGCAGCUGCUGUUCAACGGCGGCGAAGGGGGCGACUGCAACAUGGAGGACGACUGGUGCAACCUGGCGGGCCUGCUGGGCUACGAGGAGGAGCGCAUCGCCGCCUUCCGCCGGGACGAGCACCCGGUGCGCGCUCUCCUCUCCGACUGGGCCAGCAAGGACUGCGCCAGCGUGGACGCAUUGUGCACGGCGCUGCGCAAGAUCAACCGCGACGACGUCGCCCAGAGCUUGGCGCUCAGUCCCGCCGCCCCCAAGCCCACCGCCACCUCGGUGGUGUAGCGCAACGAGCAGUUUGUUUACUUUGUCUGAACAUGGAAGGAAAUUAGCUUUACCGAUAUCCCUCUGCAAUCAUUCCAACGUGGACAUGAAUGACUCGUUCUGCGACUUUUACCCGAUGUUACAAAUAGCCGCAGUUGCACCGAAGAGGCGUUAAAAGACUCCGGCCCACAGCUCAUAAGCGCCCUUAUUUACAUUUGAGCCUCUUCAUUUUAGCAUUGAAAAACGGCUGCGCACCGGAUGAGGCCUCCUUCCGACCGGGGGUCUGGAUCCUCGCAAACGGGGGGGGGGGGGGGGGGGGAUGUUUGGAUUCUUCUGAAAUGGACCUCGUCACUGAGGAAUAUUCCACGCACGGCAGGACAUGGACCACAGACAUUGUGAAUAAUGUCGACCAGUCCACACACCCACUCAAAAUAUGUAGCCUUGCAUGGAUGUAGGAUAGAAAACACACCCACAGAUGAUGUAGACAAUCAAGACAGAUGACUUCCUGUUAUCCAUAUCGGAUUUCCACAAAUAGUGGUUCUCAAACUUUUUACACCCCCUGCCCCCCUCCAAAAAAAAAAAUCAAUGUUUUCCUCAGAAAAACUUCAUCAUAUUGUUAAAUAUUCAAUCCCUAGUAAUCACCAAAUAAUCCAGUAUUUGAGGACAUACAGUAUAAUCUCAUAUUUACUUCAUGGAGAUCAUUUAAAAUUAACAAAACCACAUUAUAGACUGCGGCACGGUGGGGCAGCUGGUAAAGCGUCGGCCUCACAGUUCUGAGGUCCCGGGUUCGAUCCCGGACCCGCCUGUGUGGAGUUUGCAUGUUCUCCCCGUGCCUGUGUGGGUUCCCUCCGGGGACUCCGGUUUCCUCCCACAUCCCCAAAACACGCAUCGUUCAUUGGACACUCAAAAUUGUCCCUAGGUGUGAUUGCGAGUGCGGCUGUUUGUCUAUAUGUGCCCUGCGAUUGGCUGGCGACCAGUUCAGGGUGUACCCUUCCUCCUGCCCGUUGACUCCCCGCGACCCUGGUGAGGAUAAGCGGCUAGGAAAAUGGAUGGAUGGAUGGAUGGAGAUUAUAGACUUGACGGGAGGUUUGCCUCGCUAUCCUCUCCGCGCGCUUUCUCAGGGUAUCGCCAGCCUCCGACAAACGCGACAAUCAUGCCGGCGGGUUUCCUUUUUAUUUACACUGCCCAGAGAGGAGACCAAGCACCAAUUUUUAUUAUUAUUAUUAUUUUUUUUUAAUUGUGCGCUUUGGGAGGAGGGUACAUUUGAAGGAGCUAAUGUUACUUUUACUCAAAUGAAGGUAUUUCUGCUCUACUCUGUGAGUGUUCUUUUUCAUAUUGCCCUCUUGAUUGUCUUGAUUUGUCUGUUUUUCCACAUCAGAAGUGCCUGGCAACUAUUUCAGGGCUUAUCUGUGUUGUACAGUUUAGUUUUGCCAUGUUUUUUGUCACAAUUUACGACUGUAAAUAGACCAAUUUUCUUUUUUUUUUUUUAGGAAUUCUAUUAAGGCCAAUCUACAAAUUCAAAUACAUAUAUUGGAAAGCAACAAUGCAUGCAUGUUGUGUAUGAUCAUAAUAAUAAUAAUAAUAAGCCUCCCUGCCCUUGGGAAGCCGGAUAUAUGUGUUACUAUAACUUUUAAGCGUGUCCUACGUUUGGAAACUGUGAGCGGACACUUUUCCCUGGACAGUAUUUGACUUGUACAGUAGUGAAGGUACGUAAAUAUGUGAUUUUUGCACUUGAGCGUAGUGUCAUAGUUAUUAUGCAAAAGCGGGGGACCUCUUGAUGUGUCUGAAAUGUACAGCUCUGAUCAUUGCUGAAUGUUCCUUAUACACUAACACGUCAUAUUGCAUUACAGUAUACUUAAUGUGAAUUUGAGAGCCACUUCUACUACAGUAAUAAAAGUCAUGAAUCUGUUUCAAAUAUUCAUUAACUCCCACCUGACGCGACGAUAUGUAAUCAUAUGCUGUUCCAAUAAAAGCU